UCUCUCUCGUUCAUCCAUCCAGCGGCACACACACCAAGCUAGCUUCUAGUAGUUGAGCAAUGGCGGCGUCGUGCCACGAGGUGGAGGUGCCGGGGAAGCCGACGGAGACGGGGACGGCGCUGCUGGAGGCGGCGACGGGGAGCAUCCAGGGGUUCGGCCCCGUGAACCAGAUCCACCAGCACCUGUGCGCGUUCCACUUCUACGCCGACGACAUGACGCGGCAGGUGGAGGCGCACCACUUCUGCGCCCACCUCAACGAGGACAUGCGCCAGUGCCUCAUCUUCGACGGGCCCGACGCCGGCGCGCGCCUCAUCGGCGUCGAGUACAUCGUCGCCGAGCCGCUGUUCCUCACGCUCCCCGACGACGAGAAGCCGCUGUGGCACACCCACGAGUUCGAGGUCAAGGGCGGCGUCCUCUUCAUGCCCGGCGUCCCCGGCGUCGUCGAGCGCCGCGACCUCGAGAGGGUGUGCAAGACCUACGGCAAGACCAUCCACUUCUGGCAGGUCGACCGCGGCGACGCGCUCCCGCUCGGCCUGCCCCAGAUCAUGAUGGCUCUCACCCGCGACGGCCAGCUCCGCCAAGAACUCGCCAAAUGUGUGGAGGAGAAGUUCAGCGUGUCGUUCGACAAGGAGAGGGAGAACCGAGCGUACAUGAGCGGCCCGGAUCACGGCAUCCACCCGCUGGCGAAUGCCGCCGGCAAGGGCUUGAAGACCGAUCUCCGGGAGGUUGAUCUGCCGGCGAUGACUACGGCGCACGCCGGGAGGGUUUUCACCUGAUGACGACACACUGAUGAGCGAUUGAGCGACGACUCGACGGCCUUGCUGCUUCUGCCUGACGACGGUUAAGUAGUAUGCUAGCAUAUCACGGGAUGCUCCGAUUAGCUUGUGUACCUUCACUCGUGUUAUGUAUCGAUCUGUUGUCCCUGAGCGUUUGUUCUGAAAGAAGCACACUAGAGUAUCCGACUGUAGUACCUGUAGCCUCUUUUCUAGCAGCUUGAUGAACACAAGAACAACAGAACAGGUUGUGUAUAGCUAGUUCAAAACGUGACAUCUGUACCUGUCU